CUAGAACACAGUUUACUGCAGGGUUAUAUGCAUAAGAAGACAAACAUAAAAUCUUAUUUUUGACAGUUCAUUAAAAUCGAUUUUAUACCAUAUGAGCGAAAAUAUUGCUUUGCUCUUGUAAUAUAAAAAAUAACAUAAGUUUAAUAUAUUAAGCGAUAUUCAUUUCACAACAGAACAAAUACAAAAGUUUUCGUAGUAAAAGAAGCAAAAAUGGAAAACUUUGGUAGCGAGGUUGGUCAAAAAAUGCGGAGUGCUGUUAAGGCAAAAUUAAUAGAACUUGGUACUGGGGGCUCCGCUGGGUAUAUAGAUGACGAGCUGCCUGAUUACGUUAUGAUUAUGGUGGCUAACAAAAGAUCUAAAGAACAAAUGAUCGCCGAUUUAAAUCUUUUUCUUGGUGACCAUACAGAAUUGUUCGUUACGUGGUUACAUGAAGUGCUGCAGAAGUUGCAGGAAGUAACUCUACCUGCCAGUAUAGCUACUGCAAGAAAACGAAAAAAUACGGAAAAAGAUGAAAUUCAAAACAGAAAAGAUAAAAAAGCUAAUAAACGUGAUAAAAAAAAUGCUAAAAAAAGUAAUGAAAAAUCAACAGAAAAAGCUGCUUCCGUGGAAAAAACUACAGUUGAUGAACCUGAUGAAAUUAUAACAAUAUGUUCAAUAACCGAUGUAUUCGCCGAAGAGUUUCUACAAAAAGCAAAAAAAACAACAGAAGAAUCAGCCGAUACAUUAACUGCAAUAAAAAAGAGCAAAAACAAAAACAACGAUGACUUGGCAACUAGUUCAAAUCACACACAAAAAACAAAUGAAUUUGAUAUACCUACUAUAUCUGAAAUAUCUUCUACAACAGAAAGUGGUAAUAGAUCUCGAGAGGAUGAUCUUGCUGAAUUAGCAAAAAUCCAACAACAAAUAUAUAUCGCAAAAAAACAAUUGAAGCAAAGUGGUGAGCUGGACAAAAAUCUUGAAAGUGAAGAUGAAGAUUUCUUAAAUUUGAAAGAUGAAGAUGGUAGCGGUGAUGAAUUUGCUGAAUCUGAAGAUUUGCCUCAAAAGUCUACGAGACAAACCAGUCCCAUUGUUUUCGAGCAACCAACUGAAAAUGUUGAAAACUUGAUGGAAACAAACAACUCUCCUGAUAAAUCACAUGUUAGUAAGAAAAAUGAAAAACAAUGUGUAAGUUUUGAUAACUUUAGAAAUAUGAAUAACUACGUAAAAAGUCCAACAAAGCGGAGACCGGUUCACGAGCGCUUGGGUAUAGCUUCUCAUAUCUCUCGAAGUAGAAUAACGUCUAAUGAACAAAAAUUAGUAUUCGAAAAAAAUAUUCAAAAUCAUUUACAAAAAAAUAUAGAAAUUAAUAAAUCUAAUGAAAGAAAGGAUUUCAAAAUAAUAACAAAACAAAAAUCCUCAGAUGAGCUUAACAAUGCUCGUAUUUUUAAAUUGGCUUUGCCAGAUAAUAAUAAAGAAUCUAUGGAAAAAUCAACAAAUGCAUCAUCAACGAAUUAUAAAAAUCAACGUAUUGGCUCUCGAGUCAUAGUUGCACCAGCAAAGUUUAAUUUUCAAAAUGAAGAAGAUGAGAUAGAGAAACCAGUCAAUUCGGUUAUUAAGAUAAAGCCACGACCUGUAGUACCAGCAGCUAAACAGGCAUGCAAAAAUCUUCUUUUACGAGCAAUGGCUGAUGCACAACGUUCUACAAUAACUACAAAAUCUACCGGACGUAAAAAGACUGAAUCAAAAUUAAACGUGCGUUCUAAUUCGAUUGAUAACCGUAAUACCAAACUUUUCACAAAAUCAUAUCGUAAUAAAAUUAAACAUAAUGCAGCAUCAGCUUUUAUGAAAUCCGCUCAAAAUUUUGUUAUUGAAGUAAAUGGUAAAUGGCAGAAUACACAUUUGAAUAGAAAAGAAGGAAGUGAAGACGAAUUAAGUUUAGAUGAACAAUAUGAACCAAAAUCUACUAGCGAUAAGGGUACUAUAAAUGCAGGUUACAUUUACGUGCCUAAAACAAUUGCAGAUGAUGAUAUUGACUAUAAGAGAGAUGAUUUGAAAGAUGAUGACUGGAAUUAUGCACCAACUAGUAUGAAGCAUUCAAAUACGCAAUUUGUUGUUACACUUAAUGAUAAAAAGAAAGUCAAAACAAGAGAAGUCAACAAAAUAAGAAAUCGUUCUUAUUCACCUAUACCACAAGUAUCAUCAUCAACUGGAUCUCGUAGAUAUGAAGUAACUUCUAGUUCGACUAGUCGACGAGCACGUCGUUCGCGAUCGCGUUCACGAUCGCAAAGCACUCAAAGACAAAAUCGUAAAAACUCACAAUCUUAUGAUGAUGAUGGAACUGAAGUACUUGAAUCGACAUCUUCCUGCAACACGCCACCAACAUUGAGGCGCACUGAAUUAAUUGAAACCUAUCGGAAGCCACAUCAAGUUAAUAAACUUAUUAUUAAAAAUGAUUCGGAAGACGAUAUGUAUCCAAGAAAAGGUUAUGAACCAUACGGUGAUACAAAGAACAAUAGCAGUAAUUCAAAUAAAAUGUCUGACCGUUCAACAACUCCGCCAUUACCACCAAAAGUAGGUAACUCAGCAGAUGACCAGAAAGAUAAUGAAGUACAAAGUAAUACAGCAGAGGCAAGGAAACAUACACUUAUAAAAUAUGAUGUUAAGAAAGAUGACCGAAAUUCAGAAACUCAUAAAACUUCUACACGUAGUCGUAAAAUUGUAGUUGAGGAAAAGGCGCAAUCAACAUCUGAUUAUCUUAAUCACGAAGAGUCUCGUAAAAUUGUCAUACGUAAUACAGAAGAUAAAAAAUAUGACAACAUACCAUCAUUGAAUUCUGUAGCACUUAAUAUUGCUUCAAUAAAAACUAAUAAACCAAAGGAACGUUGUAAGUAUCAUCCUAAUUGCACUAAGCAGUUUUGCGAAUUUUAUCAUCCAUCUGCGGCUUGUAAAAGUUUCCCGAACUGCAAGUUUGCUGAUAAAUGCAUAUACACUCAUCCGAAGUGCAAAUUUGAUGUGUCAUGCACAAAUGGUGAUUGCAAUUUCGCACAUAGUGGACCAAGAAACUGCAGCUUACAAUUAACAGCGCCACCUCUUUCUUCACAUGUUAUUCCUGUUCAAAACUACAAAUCGAUUUCUGCUCUACCGUCUGCUGUCAGCGCUACAAUGUGUAAAUUUUAUCCUAAUUGCUCCAAGGUUGGCUGUACAUUUUAUCAUCCUAAACCGUGUCGUUUUGGUAAAAAUUGCAUCAAUAAACUUGAGUGUAACUUUUAUCAUCAUGAAACUCAGAGCAGCAAUAAAUUUAAAUGGGUUGCUUCUGUUAUUUAAAAAUGUCUAAAUUAACUGCAUUAAAUAAACUAUCUUACUUAUGCUUAAGCAUAUAAUGAA